AUGUCAUUCUCUGAAGAGCAGUUUAUUGGGAAGUUGAAUGGGUUGGAUGAGACUCAAGAAUCAAUAGUUGGUGCCUCAAAAUGGCUGUUGACUCUUUACAAGGAAGCUCACAUUGUUGCUCAAAGUUGGUCAAAAUACGUUCUAAUGACAAGCACAAACACUAGAAGGAAGCUGCUGGCUAUCUAUCUGGUUAAUGAUGUUAUACAGCAAGCGAAGCAUAAACGUAUUGUUCAAUUCGGUAACGAAUUUGGCAAGGUUCUUCAAGAAGUUUUCAGUAAAGUGUUUCCAGAUUUGCCACAUGAACUGCAAAAGAAGGUCAGAAGGGUGGUUCGUAUUUGGAGGCAAAGGCAGAUACUGUCAGAGGAUGUACUUGUGCAAAUUGAGGCAUAUAUGAAGGAGCCAGAGUCUCCUAAAGCAGCAGCAGUUGAGAGAAAUAGUGACUCUAAGUUAGAUGAAAUUGUUGUACUUUACAAGACAGUAGAGAAAUAUAGUCCAAGCGUCAGUGCAUCGCGGUUGAAAUUUGAGAAGUCACUGGAAGCUUUAGACCCUAAUAGUAUAGUAUUUGCGGAGAAUUUCAAGACUGUGAAGAAGAUUGCCACAGCUGCGAAGGAAACGCUGAAUAAAUCGAUCGAAUUAAGGAAAAAGCUGCAACAGCAACUAGAAUCUCUUCUAGGAGAACAAAAUUGUAUGAUAGAUAAUGAAUUAGAAGCAAUAAGCGAAACUGACAUGUUGUUAGCAUCAAAGGAUCCUUCUGCUGUCCAAAAUACUAGUGUUACGGAUGAAAACAUAUUACCAGCCUACGAGCCAGAACUCGAUAGUGACAAUUCCUCUGAUGACGGUAGUGAUGAUAAUUCACGUACUAAAAAACGUUCAUCACAAGAUGAUUCUGAUUCACAGAGCAAAAGGGCCAAAAUGUUGACUGAAUACGACGAUGCCGCAGGUGGUUAUGAACCGACAAUUAUUUCCAACGCUGAUACUGCAGCUAUAACGCCUGAGGAACAAAGUUCCAUUACUUCCAGUAUUCAAGAUUUGCUAAGUAAGCUGGCUAAUUGA